UCAGAGGCUGUUUGCCAGUGUCUUGCCUCUGUUCUCAUUUGCAACCCAUACCUCACUGAGUUGGAUCUGAGUGAAAAUCCCCUGGGAGACAACGGGGUGAAGUAUCUUUGUGAGGGUCUCAGACAUUCCAACUGUAAAGUGGAGAAACUAGACUUGAGCAAUUGUUGUCUCACAGAUGGUAGCUGUGUGGAGCUCUCUUCUUUCCUGCAAGCUUUCCGAAUGUUCCCUUUCUGCAGCUUGUUGUGAGCCCCUUGCCCAGGUCUUGAGGUCCACCCAGAGCCUGACAAGAUUGCUUCUAAUUAAUAACAAAAUUGAAGAUUUGGGUGUAAAAUUACUGUGCGAAGGAUUAAAACAGCCUGACUGUCAGUUAAAGAAUCUGGCGUUGUGGACCUGUCAUCUCACAGGGGCAUGUUGUCAGGAUUUGUGCAAUGCACUCUGCACUAAUGAACACCUGAGAGAACUUGACCUCAGUGACAAUGCCUUAGGGGAUGAGGGCAUGCAAAUCCUGUGUGAAGGGCUAAAGCACCCCUCUUGCAAACUCCAUACCUUGUGGGUAGCAGAAUGUCAUCUCACAGAUGCAAGCUGUGGAGCUCUUGCCUCUGUCCUUACCAGAAAUGAGAACCUAAUAUUACUAGACUUAAGUGUAAAUAACUUCAAGGAUUUUGGAGUGCAAAUGCUGUGUGAUGCACUGAUUCAUCCAAUAUGUAAACUUCAAACAUUACAGUAA